CCGUGAAUAGUUUCUCACUGCCCGCUUCGUUUUUCCCCCUCUCGCCUCCCUGAUACGAUUUAUUCGCUCUCCACGAACCAAAACGAAACCCUAGAAAUCACAAAUAGAGGCCCUUUUCAGGGUUCGCGAUUUCAUGCGAAACUAAAACUAUUCAAUAGUCAUGAUCUUCUCCAAGCUCGCCCGCUCCCUCUCUCGAUCCGCCCGCUCUGGACUCCGUAACGGGGCUGUUUUGGGUGGGUAUGGCUCGAGAUCGAGCGAGACUGUUGGGCAUUCGCCGCGAUUUGGGGAGCUAGGGUUUGUUAAGGGGUAUUUGACUUCGAUUGGAGCGAAUAAGGGCGUUGGAUCAUCGAAGGUCCAUCUUGAGAACUGGAGAUUGUUGCUUGCGAAUCCUGGGUUCAGGCGUUUGUUUUCGAGCGAAUCGCCAAAUAGAAAAAAUUAUGAGAACUAUUAUCCGAAAGAUAAGAAGGAAAUACCAAAAGGGAGUGAGAAUCAGAAAUCAGGAUCGAAAGAAGAUUCAAGUGCGGAUGAUCCGGAGAAUUUCAUGAAGCAAUUGUAUAAUUACAUUACUCCUUUGCUAUUUGUGGGAUUGCUGCUUUCAUCAUUCUCUUUUGGUUCCGACAAAAGAGAGAUUAGUUUUCAAGAGUUCAAGAACAAGUUACUGGAACCGGGUUUGGUUGAUCGCAUUGUUGUCUCUAAUAAAUCAGUUGCUAAAGUAUAUGUCAGGAGCUCCCCAAAAACUAACAGCCAGACCCAGGAAACUGAUAUUGAUAGAACCACUACAAAUGUUCCUGGCCCAACUACUAGUCAGUAUCGGUAUUAUUUCAAUAUUGGAAGUGUAGAAUCAUUUGAAGAAAAGUUAGAGGAAGCUCAGGAGGUGUUGAAUAUAGAUCCUCAUGACUAUGUACCUGUGACAUACGUCAAUGAAAUAAUUUGGUACAAGGAGCUAAUGAACUAUGCCCCCACCUUGAUACUUUUUGGUCUAUUAUAUGCACUUGGGAAAAGAAUGCAAGGUGGCCUUAACAUAGGCGGUGGUGCAGGAAGGGGAAGUCGUGGGAUUUUUAACAUUGGAAAAGCUCAUGUGACAAAGUUGGACAAGAACUCCAAAAAUAAGGUAUAUUUUAAAGAUGUUGCUGGCUGUGAUGAAGCUAAACAAGAAAUUAUGGAGUUUGUGCACUUUCUUAAAAAUCCAAAGAAGUACGAAGAACUGGGAGCGAAAAUUCCUAAAGGUGCUCUUCUCGUUGGCCCUCCUGGCACAGGGAAGACACUUCUUGCAAAAGCAACUGCUGGUGAAUCUGGGGUGCCGUUUUUGUCAAUAUCUGGUUCUGACUUUAUGGAAAUGUUUGUUGGUGUUGGUCCUUCCCGGGUGAGAAACCUAUUUACAGAAGCCAGGCAAUGUGCUCCUAGCAUAAUUUUCAUUGAUGAAAUUGAUGCCAUUGGUAAAGCAAGAGGUCGAGGUUUCUCUGGUUCCAAUGAUGAACGUGAAAGCACUCUGAAUCAAUUGUUAGUGGAGAUGGAUGGAUUUGGGACCACUGCUGGGGUGGUGGUACUUGCAGGCACCAACAGGAGUGAUAUAUUAGACAAAGCUUUGUUAAGACCUGGUCGCUUUGACCGCCAGAUUUCAAUUGAUAGACCUGAUAUAAAAGGCCGGGAAGAGAUAUUCCGCAUUUAUCUUAAAAAGAUAAAGUUAGAUAAUGAACCAUCAUUUUAUUCACAAAGGCUAGCUGCCCUCACUCCUGGAUUUGCUGGAGCUGAGAUUGCCAAUGUGUGUAAUGAAGCUGCUCUGAUUGCUGCAAGAAAUGAGAAAACAACAGUUACUAUGCAACAUUUUGAGUCUGCUAUUGAUAGGGUAAUUGGCGGUUUGGAGAAGAAAAACAAGGUAAUCAGCAAGUUGGAACGCCGUACUGUUGCUUAUCAUGAGGCAGGUCAUGCUGUGGCCGGAUGGUUUUUGGAGCAUGCUGACCCCCUUCUUAAGGUUACAAUUGUUCCUCGUGGAACUGCAGCCUUGGGAUUUGCACAAUAUGUUCCCAAUGAAAACCUCUUAAUGACCAAAGAGCAGCUCUUUGACAUAACAUGCAUGACUUUGGGUGGUCGUGCUUCUGAACAGGUGUUAUUGGGCAAAAUCUCAACUGGAGCACAAAACGACUUGGAAAAGGUGACUAAAAUGACCUACGCUCAAGUCGCAAUCUAUGGCUAGAAUUUUUUUGGAAAUAGCAAACCCUACAGCAGCAAAACUGGCGACAUUAUUGAUGCAGAAGUUCGAGAAUGGGUAAACAAAGCAUAUGAAAAAACAGUGCAAUUAGUAACCGAGCACAAAGUUCACAUCGCUCAGAUCGCCGAGCUUUUACUGGAGAAGGAAGUAUUGCAUCAGGAAGAUCUGAUUCGUGUUUUAGGCGAGAGACCCUUCAAAUCUAGCGAGCCUUCGAAUUAUGAUAGAUAUGUUCAAGGAUUUGUUGAAGAAGCAGAAGAGAAAGAAGCAGAGAAUCCAAAGGAACCAUCACCUCCUUCGGGGGAAGAAGUUGUUCCUGCUUAGCGUUUCGCAGUGAUGUAUAGAAGCUUUCCCCCCUCGUGAAUGUUGUGUGUAAGAUGAUUAUUGCAUUUUUAGGGUUAGUGAUAAGUUAAAUUGUACAAAAAGAAUCGGUACCUGCAUCUAGGGGAAGACGUUCACUGUCUGUAACUUGAAUUGCUUUCUCCGCCGACAGUUUUUGUGUCGGAAAUUAAGUUAAAACUAAGUGAUGGAAACAUCCCCACAUAAAUAACUCCGAUGAAACGAGUCUUUUGCAAGUUCAACGUGAACCAAUUUUUA